UUUAUUUGUGCAUAAAGAAAAAAAAAAAAAACCUUCUCCUCUUUACUCUCUCUCUCUCUCUCUCUUCUCUGCUUGUCUUUUUCUAGAUAUCUCUCUACAUUCUCCCAUUAAUUGGCAGAGAGAUGCUUUAUGAGUAAAUCCUUUCCUUAAAGCAGCUGUGUGUUUUUCUGUUAUUUGGCUGAAAAGCUUGCGCCUUCAACAAAUAUACUGCCAAAAACGGACUGUGAAAACCUGCACUGCAAAAGGACUCUCCCUUUCUGUUUCAGCCAGCCCUUGUUUUCUCCUGCAGAAAACUGACUUUCUCUCCCUCCCUCUCUCUCUGUUCAUCUUCCCUGCUUUAGUGCAUCAUGGGAUACUUCUUGAUCCUGUGGCUGAGACUCAGCUGACCCCACCUGGGAAUUCCAGUGGCAAAAGUAAUAAUUAUCACUUCCUUGUUUCUUCUGUCGUUUCCUUGUCUGUGUGAGGUGUUCUUUCAGCUCCUGUCCUCAAUUGCCAAUUGGGUUCCUGGGUUUUGACGGGUUUUGUUCAAUUCCUGAAUUUUGGGUAUAUUUGGCACUGAGUUGAAGUAUAAAACUUUAGUUUCAAUUCAUUUUCUUGGUGGGUUUUUAUCAAAAGAUUGGAACUUUGGAUUUUGUUCUUUCAAACUUUUGGUGGGUGUCAACUUUUUGAGCUCUGUCAAUUUCUGUAAAGUGCCUUUGGAUUGUCUUUUGUUGUUUUAAAAGAUAUGUUUUUUGAACUGGACAUAUCAUCCUAAUCAGUUUUUGUUGUUGUUUUCUCUUUUGGUGUGCAGAUUGUAUUGUUUUGUUUCUGGGUUUUUAUUCAAAGUUGUAUUGGGAGUAAAUUUUUCAGGUGAAGAUAAAAAAUUGAAGAUCUGGGUCUAGCUUUAAAGUCAGUUUUUUGUGAUUUGAUAUUGGUUUUGUUGAGUAUUCCUGUUGUGGGAUUUGGAUUGUGAGGUGUGAGGGGAUAUCAGAAGGAAUAAAAUUGUGGAAGCUGCAGAACCUUUUGAAAUUUCAAUGGCUUCAAAUGCAGAGGUUAAUGGAGACAGUGAUACCACCAACAAAGGCAGUAUGUGGGUUCUGGAUCAGAAGCUUGACCAACCCAUGGACGAGGAGGCUGGCAGGCUGAGAACUAUGUACAGGGAGAAGUUCUCCGCACUAUUGCUUAUGCGGCUUGCAUUCCAAAGUCUUGGAGUGGUUUUUGGAGAUUUGGGUACUUCUCCCUUGUAUGUUUUCUACAAUACCUUUCCCCAUGGGAUUAAUGAUCCGGAGGAUGUGGUUGGAGCCCUUUCGUUGAUUAUAUACUCUCUUACUCUUGUACCGCUCCUCAAGUAUGUAUUUGUUGUUUGUCGGGCAAAUGACAGUGGUCAAGGUGGAACAUUUGCUCUUUAUUCACUUCUCUGUCGGCAUGCAAAUGUUAAAAUUAUUCCUAACCAACACCGGACUGAUGAGGAGCUAACAACAUAUAGUCGUUCUACUUUCCAUGAACAAUCAUCUGCUGCAAAAACCAAGAAGUGGUUGGAGGGGCAUGCAUCAAGGAAGAAUGCCCUUCUUCUUCUGGUCCUCAUAGGCACUUGUAUGGUGAUUGGAGAUGGAAUUCUUACUCCAGUUAUAUCUGUUUUAUCAGCUGCUGGUGGGAUCAAAGUCAGAAGUCCUGGCAUGAACAAUGAUUAUGUCAUACUCGUUGCUGUUGUAAUAUUAGUAGGUCUGUUUAGCGUGCAGCACUAUGGCACAGAUAAAGUUGGUUGGCUCUUUGCUCCCAUUGUGCUGCUUUGGUUUCUAUUAAUUGGAGGUAUUGGCAUUUUCAACAUCUGGAAACAUGACAGUACUGUUUUGAGAGCUUUUUACCCCGUGUAUAUAUAUCGGUAUUUUAAAAGGAACGGGAGAGAUGGUUGGACUUCUCUUGGGGGUAUUAUGCUUAGUAUAACAGGGACAGAAGCACUCUUUGCCGACCUUGCCUAUUUUCCAGUUUCAGCUGUACAGAUUGCGUUUACUACAGUCGUGUUUCCUUGCCUUCUUUUGGCCUAUUGCGGACAGGCUGCCUUCCUUGUGAAAAAUCAUGAAGACAAAACUGUGCUUCAAGCAUUUUAUCUUUCUAUUCCAGAACAAAUAUACUGGCCAGUCUUCAUUGUUGCGACUCUUGCUGCCGUAGUUGCUAGUCAAGCAACAAUAUCAGCAACAUUUUCAAUAAUCAAGCAGGCUCUUGCACUUGGCUGUUUUCCUAGAGUCAAAGUUGUACAUACAUCAAAGAAGUUCCUCGGCCAAAUAUAUAUUCCAGAUAUUAAUUGGAUCCUUAUGAUUCUUUGCAUUGCGGUGACUGCUGGGUUCAAAAAUCAAAGCCAAAUUGGAAAUGCUUAUGGGACGGCAGUUGUAAUAGUCAUGCUGGCAACCACAUUGCUUAUGACUCUAAUCAUGAUAUUAGUGUGGCGCUGCCAUUGGAUUCUUGUCGUUACAUUCACCAGCUUGUCGCUGAUUGUGGAAUGCACUUACUUUUCUGCUGUACUCUGCAAGGUUGAUCAAGGUGGAUGGGUUCCUCUUGUGAUUGCAGCUGCUUUUCUUCUCAUCAUGUAUGUUUGGCAUUAUGGUACGUUGAAACGUUAUGAGUUUGAGAUGCACAGUAAAGUUUCAAUGGCAUGGCUUCUUGGGCUUGGCCCCAGUUUAGGACUGGUUCGGGUCCCUGGGAUAGGACUUGUGUACACCGAGCUUGCAAGCGGGGUGCCCCACAUCUUUUCCCACUUCAUCACCAACCUGCCCGCAAUCCACCAGGUUGUUGUCUUUGUCUGUGUUAAGUACCUCCCUGUAUACACCGUCCCAGAAGAAGAAAGAUUCCUCGUCAAGCGGAUUGGCCCCAAGAGUUUCCACAUGUUUCGUUGUGUUGCAAGAUACGGUUAUAAAGACCUACACAAGAAAGAUGAUGAUUUUGAGAAGAAGCUCUUUGAAAACCUUUUCCUGUUUGUCCGGCUCGAGUCCAUGAUGGAAGGGUGUUCAGACUCAGAUGAGUACAGCAUCAAUGGCCAGCAAACUGAGAGAUCAAGGGACGGCCUCUUAACUAAUAAUGGCAACACAACCACUUCUACCGUAGACCUCAGUAUCUCAUCAGUGGACUCAAUUGUUCCGGCUAAAUCUCCACCGCACGCGAACAAUACCGUGAGUUCGUACGGGCAGAUGAGCAGCCAGAAUGAGAUUGAUGAGCUAGAGUUUCUGAAUAAUUGUCGAGAGUCCGGGGUGGUGCAUAUACUUGGGAACACGGUAGUGAGAGCAAGGAGGGAUUCCAGGUUCUACAAAAAGAUAGCCGUUGAUUACAUUUAUGCAUUUCUCAGGAAAAUUUGCAGGGAGAAUAGUGUGAUCUUCAACGUUCCUCACGAGAGUCUAUUGAAUGUUGGACAGAUUUUCUAUGUGUAAUUUUUUGUCUAUCAUAAAAUAGUUACUUUAUAUCAUAUGUAAAUGCCAAUUGUAUUUUUUUCAAAUUCUGUAUUAUUGCAAAUACAGUUACAACAACAAAGUCUUAUACCACUAAGUGGGUGGCUAUAUGUAUCCUAGCAUGCUAAUGCGCUCGGUUUUGCGCCAAGUCUUCCGUUGGCUCCAAGUAUUUUA